UCUGACAAUAGUCCACUGUAUGUGAAGUUAGUGUAGGGAAAGGAGCUGUGGAUGGUAAUGGCCGAUCCAUCUUUGCAGUCCUUGUGUUGUUUAACCACCAGCAACCGUUCACAGCAAUAUCAUUUGCUGGAGCUGCAUCAGUCCGCCUACUAUGGAUUAAGUUUGGCGUCGGCAAUAGUUGGAUUUCUUGGUUCUGUAUACCAGCUUAAUCUCCGUUAUGCAGCACCAUUUCCUCGCUAUCAAUACUUCAACGUGGGUCUGCGAGGAAAUAACGUUUUGUUUUGGCUUGCUUUAGCUGAUACAUUCGCAGCAUUUGGAUUAAUUAUUAGAUCAACGGGCUGGUUUCUUUCACAAGACUGGUCUUCGCACGCGAUGUUUACUCCCUUGAAUCCGACGUUUUGUGCCAUUAUUUCAGGCUGGAUUCAAUUUUCGUACACGAGCUCACAUCUGUGGACCUUGGUUUAUGCGGUUGAUGUUCGACGCAUAACCUUUGAUCAACCAUUUGCAGCCCCAGUUUACCACUUUAGUGCAUGGGGUGGAGCGAUUAUUCUUUGCAUUGUAGGCUUAACAAUGCUUUACUUUCCUGGAAAUGGCUACGAUACUUUUGUGAAGUUACUGCCAAAUCACGUGGCAACGUAUUUGCCACUCGUAUUGACUUGUCUAGCGUGCCCUUUUCUUUUUAUGUCAGCUUUUCGCCAAGCUGAAAUUUCUCUAACUCGACGCUAUGCAAGAUACACAACUACAGAGCGGCGCCUUGUGGAGUCACUCAAGCUUAAGUUCAUCUUGAUAGUCUCCGUCUUCUACCUCUGCUGGAUGCCUAAUAUAGUUAAUGGUCUCGUACUUUGGAUUUCUUGGUACAAGUUGCCGGUGACCUGGGUGCUAGCGAACUGGUAUCUGAUGGCUCUGUUGAACCCGCUCCAAGGCGUCUUCAACAUAAUGCUUUAUCGGAUACCAAAACGUCGGCAACCCAGAUCUCAACUUCGAGGAUGGUUCGCCUCGGUACAAAUAAGAAAAACAGAACCACAGGAAGAAACUCCACUUUUAUUAUGAAUGACAAAAACCCAAACGUGUUACGUUCGAAAUUACGGGAUUGAGAGAAAAACGGUACAUACUUCAAGUUUCUACCAAGGGGUAGCGUUGGCCAAGCGUCGCAUUCGCCUGCACACACACACAAAUAAAGAAAAUUAGACAUCUA